GAUGAGCUUAGAGGGUCUCUCUCCAGCGGGGUGACAAGUCUGACCACAGCAGCCACCGAGAGGAAGGACCGCGAGAACAAAACCACGAGAAAAACAGCCCAAUCCCACCGCGACACGUUUCUCCGUUUCACCGCUGGAUACGUAACUCGCCCCGGGCUCGGAUUUACUCACGGCCGCUCUUUUUUUUUAGUUUUGCUUUUUGCUUUUCUUUGGAAGACUCCCAGCAAACACACCACAGAAGAAGACAAUGGGAUCCCAGGCAUCCAAGGGAGACGUGGCCGCGGAGGCGGGCGCCGCCGCCGGGGGGGCUGCAGCUGUCAAGACCAACGGACAGGAGAAUGGACAUGUGAAAACCAACGGGGAUGUCUCCACAAAGCCCGACGGGGAUGCUGCCGCCACCAACGGCUCGGCCGAUGCCGCCAAAGAGCCUGAGGCCAGCGCCGCCGGGGACGCCAUCGAGCCGGCGCCCGCCGCGGACGGAGAGGCGGCCAAACCCGAAGGCGAGGCCGCGGCCAAGGAGACCCCCAAGAAGAAGAAGAAGAAGUUCUCCCUGAAGAAGUCCUUCAACUUCAAACUCAAUCUGAAGAAGACCAAGAAGAGCGAGGCCGUCAAGGAGGAAGCGCCGGCCGCCGCCGCCGCUGCUGCCACCCCAGACGCCGCCGCCGCCGCCACCACAACCGCCUCCCCCUCCGAGGAGAAGCCCGCCGAGAACGGAGCUGCUGCUCCGGCCGAGGAGAAGAAGGAAGAGAAGAAGCAGGAGGUGGUGAAGGAGGAGGCUGCCCCUGCCCCCGCCGCCGCCGCUGCCGCGGCAGCAGAGGCCCCGAAGGCGGAGGAGGGGCCGGCUAAAGAGGAGGCCCCCAAGGAGGAGGCCAAGGAGGCAGCUGCCCCGGCCCCCGAGGCCACGAAACCAGCAGAGGAGAGCAGCUCGACCCCGGCCCCCUCUGAAAAGAAGGAGUGAUUGUACCUGAAGCUCACAAUGAACUGGGUGAACCUUUUUUCAAGAGAGAGAGAGAGAGAGAGAGAGAGAGAAAGAAUUUAAGAGCAUAUAUAUAUAUUUAUAUAUAUAUGUGUAUAUGUAUAUGUAUACAUAUGUAUAUGGAUAUAUGUAUAUGUAAAUAUAUACACAUGUAUGUGAGAGACUCCUUCGACGUGCCACUUGUCGUCGUGAUAACCAGACGGCAGACUAGAUUCACUAGAUCACUUCCCCGGUUUCUGCUCCACAUCCGGACCCGGACUGAGUGGGCCGGUCGCUGGGUGCCGAAUUGGAUUUUUAAAUGGCUAGAACGCGAGCCGAUGACACCAUGAAGCAAAGAUGGAUGAAGGAUGGAUGGAGUCAAAGCAUCCCACGCCCCCCCUCCCCCUCUCCCUGAAAAAAAAAAAAAAUCUGCAAAUGAAGAUGCCUCCUUGCUGAAGGAAAGAAGCUAGACACUAGGACACCACCACUUGAAAUGACUGUUGAUGGAGCAAAAAAAAAAAAAAUGAAAUCAGAAAAUGAAGAGACUCGCCAACUUUUUACAUUCCUAUAUUUUAACCCAAAUUUGAAGUAUUUUGUGGUGUAUUAUAGAGAAGCAUCUUAAAGAUUCAGAGAAGCUAUUACUCGUUUGUUUAAAGAAAAAAAAAAUAGACAACUUUGAUUUUUACCUUACUAUGAAAAAAAAAAAAGAACACUUAAGCUUGCUAUGUUCACUGUUGCGGUUUGAUAUGAAGCAGAGUUGUUUACCUGUCGUAUGUGAGCCUGAAUCUGCUUUGUCUCUGUAAAUACAUUGGAUUGAUUUCUGUUCUUUAUUUUGCUAAUGUUGACAGAUGUUUCUGGUUUUAUUGUAAAGUUGCUAAUGGUAAAUAAAUGUUGGUUACCUGCC